AUGCCCCGGCAGACACGGAGGAGCGCAGCUUCCAAGUCGCGCAGGUCGCCAUCUUCUUCCCCCUCGGGCGAUGACAAGAAGAAGCAGAUCGAUUCGAAUGGUACAGUUCGAUCGGAAGUCUCGGAACCAGAUGAGGAUGGCGAGAACAUCUUUCUCUUCUGGCCCAACAUAAUCGGCUAUUCUCGUAUCGUUCUGGCCGUCGCCUCCCUCUACUACAUGCCCCUGCACCCGCGCACGUGCUCGGUCCUGUACAGCAUCUCGUGCCUUCUCGACGCCCUGGACGGGUACGCCGCCCGCGCUUUUGACCAGUCUACGCGCUUCGGCGCCGUGCUGGACAUGGUGACGGACCGGUGCACCACGUCCUGCCUGCUCGUCUUCCUGUCCUCGGCUUUCCCCCGGUGGGCUAUCGUCUUCCAGAGUCUCAUCGCCAUCGACUUUGCCAGCCACUACAUGCACAUGUAUGCCACGCUCGUCGUCGGCGGCGUCGACUCUAGCCACAAGAACAUUGACAAGAGUCAGAGCUGGUUCCUCAACCUAUACUACUCCAACAAGGCCGUCCUCUUCACCUUUUGCGCGCUCAACGAACUCUUCUUCAUCGCACUGUACCUCCUCUCCUUCUCCUCCCCUUACCUCUCCCCUCACCUGAUCAAGUCGGUUGAGGAGUCGAACGGUGGCACCAUCGAGCCGGGGACGCCCCUCAACAGCUCCAUCCUCAGCCAGAUCUUCCCCGAUCCCUUCAGCGCCGCCGCCCUCGAGCUCGCCCGCGCCAACAAGAUGGACUCCCUCCUACCGUGGAUCCUGGCCGGCGUCAGCUUCCCGAUCAUGUUCCUCAAGCAGGUCAUCAAUGUCAUCCAGCUCGCCAAGGCUAGCAAGUGGCUCGCCGACGUCGACGUCAAGAGCCGUCGUGCUCGCGGUCUUCCCAAGAAGAUUGACAAGACUGCCUGA